AUGCAGCCUAAAGUGGGUAACCCUCAGGUGUACGACGACGGCGACCAGAGACGAAAUGCCCCCAGAGGCGCGGAUGCUCCCGCUCCGUUUGAAGCCGGCAAAAGGAACGCGCACGAUAUCCAUGAUCCCAAAGAUAAUCGCACCCUGGGAAACAGGCAGAAGCAGGAGGAGAAGGCGGAGCAUGACCGCGACUUGGAGUUGGAGUCGCACACUGUCACCGACCCCCUCGAACCAGCACAGAGCCAGGGUCACAAGCCGUCGAGAGGAGCACAGGUAGAUGCAGAACUGCAGCAGGAAGACGAGGAGAUGCUGAAGAAAAAGGGAUGCCCCAAGGACACAUCGUAG